AAGAACACAUCAGCGAACAAACAUUCACCUCAAUCCAACAUACUUCUUUCCAUCAAAACAAACGUGCUUCUGCAUACUCUUCUAAACAAUCUCCUUCAGAACACUGCCAAAAUGUCUCUCUUCAGAACCUUGCCUACUGCCGGUGACUUCUCUCCCCUCUUCCGUCUCUUGGACGACUACGACACCCACCGCCAGGCCCGCGGCCAGGUGUCCAGCAUGCGCUCCUUCGCACCUCGCUUUGAUGUCCGUGAGAGCGAGGACGCCUACCACUUCGACGGCGAACUCCCUGGCAUUGCCCAGAAGGACAUCGACAUUGAGUUCUCCGACCCUCAGACCCUCGUGAUCAAGGGCCGCACUGAACGCGAGUACCAAACCCCUGAGACCGGCGAAGCCGAGUCUCAGGAUGAAAGCAACAAGCAAGUUGCCAAGAGAGAGAACAAGCACCGCUUCUGGGUUAGCGAGCGCUCCGUCGGAGAAUUCCACCGCACUUUCACCUUCCCGUCUCGUGUGGACCAGGAAAACGUCAAGGCCAGCCUCAAGAAUGGCAUCCUGUCCCUGGUCAUCCCCAAGGCUACUGCUCAGGGCACUAAGAAGAUUACUAUCGAGUAAACAAACCAACGAAGAGACGAGUUACGAUCCUGCAUCUGGAGUUGAAUUGUUGAUCAAAUCAGUUUGAAUAGCGACGUCUGAUCAUUUUGUUUUCUUUCGGUUUUAUUUGAACAUCGAAAACACAAAUCGAAAAACACAAAAGAAAAACAAAAUAGCCUCCGUUGUUGAAGUUGAAGAUGUUGAAUCGUUUUCAUUCCUUGACUCGCAGGCAGUGGAUGAUGGAUUUGCUGGCAAUUCUUAAUUCUACCUAGUAUUCUACCUAGUGUACUUAAUCAAUUCAAUUGUCUUCUAACUCAUUUCCUCCUAGUAAUUAUCCUCCUUUCUAGUGGAACAGUAGAAAAAUAUUGUAACAGCAUUCUCCAUGUCUAUAGAGUAGAUCCAAGUUCAAUGCCAAGCUACUGGUCGAGUGACAUCAUCUGACAUUGUAACACAACAACAACAUUUAUUCAAUCCGGCGCUUUAAAGACUAAACUCUGAGACUACAACAUACCUUACUUGAUACUAAUAACGAGGACCUGCAUCGCUCCCCACCAAACCCUCAAAAAUAAAAUACGUACAAAGUUGAGAAAUUCGUGGAUAUCGCUGGAAACCAUAUAUCACUUCUCCCGAACCGAGGCACGUG